AUGGCCGCCUUGAGGAAAUAUGAGAAAAUUGCGGAAGCCACAAAGUCUUUUCAUGCAAGACUUCAGCCCCUUAACGAGGAAUGCAUUGCGAUUGAUGGACAGUUAUCAGCACUUGAUAAACUACUUAAUAAUAUUGCCAACAUGGAAAUCCAGGUUUCCGAGCUGAAUUCACUCGUUACAUCCCUAGGUACGUAUUCAAGAUUACCUUUUCUUUUAAGAACAUUAUUUCGGAUGACUCUUAGGCUGCCGGCGUUCGGUAGUGAAAGUAGAGCGAUUACAUUCGUUGGGUUUAAUCAAGACUGUAGUAUGUUUUAUCUUUAUUUUAAUUUACAAAUUAUUUUAGGUUGCUUUGCUGUAGGAACGCAAAAUGGUUUCAGAAUUUAUAACUCAAGUCCUUUGAAGUUAAUCCGAAGAUGGGAUUUUUCCAUUUCCGAAGGUAUGGGUGUGGGCUUUGUCGAAAUGCUCUUUCGGACGAAUUAUCUUGGUAUCCUUGGUGGCGGUCGUCAUCCUCGAAUACCCAGCAAUACAGCUUGCGUCUGGGACGGAAUAAAUCAGAAAUUCAUUCUUGAACUUGCUUAUUCUGGAAACGUUCGUGCUGUUAAAUUGCGAAAAGAUCGGCUUGUGGUUGUCCUGGAUACAGCUGUUAAAGUCUACACAUUUGAAUCCGCUCCACAACUCCUUCAUCAAUCCGAUACUUGCCUAAAUACUGCCGGGCUUUGUCAAGUUAGCCAAAACGCCUGCAAUCCAAUCAUUGCCUUUCCGAGUACUCGUGAAGGAUAUGUGACCAUCAUCACAUCCCCUGAAAAUAAGGAUAUUUCAUCGUCCGCCAUUCCUCCCCCGCGACACUUUCAAGCCCAUCAAAAUGCUCUCGCGGCAAUGGCUUUUAACGCAGAUGCCGAUUUGAUUGCAACGGCUUCUGAAAAAGGAACCCUAAUUCGAAUUUUCAAUACCAAAACAUGCACCCUUCUCCAAGAAUUACGGAGGGGGACACAAUGUGCUUUAAUUACUUCGAUUUCUUUCGACCACAACCCGGUUUUGGUAGAUGAUCAACUCGUCCAUCGAUUAGUUGUUGCUAGUGAUCGAAAUACUGUCCAUAUUUUUCGCCUUAACAUCCCCACAAGCAGCCCAAAUUCAAGUCGAUUAUCUCGUUCUCCUCAACGUCAGGAUUCUGGACUUUCCGGUGGUCUAUUAAAACUCAGCAUUUUCCCUAAUGUUAGUACGGUGCGGAUACAAGUUGAUAUCGACUGCAAAUUUAUCUGUGUAUUUAAUCCUGAUAAUCCUGAUUGUAUUAUCGUCCUUGGUGCUGACGGCACCUACUGCAAAUACCAAUACACUUGGAGUGGGGCGGUGACAAAGGAGCAGAGUAUAAACAUCCUCGAUUUUUGCAAUGAAGAAUUCGAUCUCUGA